CUAGAAGUACAAAUUGCCAUUACAAACGACGUGACAUCAUCAAUCACCGAAAUCCGAACGAGAAACGCUUCAACCAUGAAAAAUAUUGUACAAACAUCCCGUAGCUACCGGUACAAAAAUCUUUUACUCCUCCCAGCAGUAAAGUGGUAUCAUCUGUCAACCCAUCAUCGGCACUACAUCAGGUUUUUUCUGUCGAUCUCUAUCAAUAGAUUUGCCAUGUCUGCACUCAAUUUGAAAACUGCCGCGUCUUUGAUGGUCCAUUUGCUUUUGGUGCCAACGACGGUGGAAGGGUUCCAGCAUUAUCAUCGUGUUUCAAUUUGUCACUUGGCCUCUUCGUCGUCUACAGCGGAGCGAGGCAACACGGUGCUGUUCAAUACCCAGGGCGAUGACAAUGACGACGAUGACUGGUCAUCGUCGCUCCCACUAUCAAAGUCACCGACACCGUUUUCACAACAGCUGGAACAAGGGAAAUUCAAUCCGCUAGACUACCGAGGGAAAAGCAAGACGAAUCGGUCCUCUGGUAGUGCCCAGGCACAAGUCAACCUAAGAUCGAUGCGGAUGAGUUCCAUGACAGACGACCUCUUGAACAGCCUCGGCAACAAGGCCGCGAUGCGGGCCGUCCUGGAAGAAAAUCGAGACUUUUUAUUGGAACCUUUGGAAUCAGAGGAAACUUUGGCGGUAAGAUAGGUACCCUUGCAUAACAUCAAUCGAUCAUUUCGACGAGUUGCAAUGCUCGGAUAUUCAGCAACAAAAUGCAAAUGACUCUGCUGUCUAGAACUAUUCAUCUGCGUUGAUUCGGUGAGGAGCGGUGUUUGAAAUCGAAGCCAAUCGUAGGCAUUAUCAUCCGCUAACUCGUCGUCCUAUUUUUUAUUUUUUGUAUCGUUGCAAAUCUCCGAAAACCCCGUAGGGAUCUGGAUCUAUUUAUACACCGGAUAUGUCGAGAUCUGAGCGCUAUCAAGCGUACAGAAAGAAUGGUAAGUUUCCGGGGUCAUAGCUGGGAGAAAAAUCGAAGAAACAAGUGACGACAACGGCAACGAAACGAUGCCAUGGCAUGGCACGGAAUUUUGUCUUGACUGAAUUAGUAGACAGAUGCUAGCAAAGCCCUUUUGGCCGUCCUGUUGUUGGGUUUGGCAUUGUGGUAUCUUGUUUGCCUUCUUGGCUUUGAAAAUCUCAUGGUGUCUUAUCGUCACAACAAUUCAUUGGUGCUGUCGUUCUCUUUGAUCUGCAAUGGACGGAUGCGGAUGUUUUUUUUUUCGUGUUUCAUUUAGUCAACAAACGAUUGGAAUCCAGCAACAACGCGAAAGCAAAGGCAGUCUUGACGGCUAUGAGAGACUUUGUACUGGAAUUCGAAAAUGAGGGGCCUUUGCAGAACGAAUAGUGGAUUCCUGCUUUUUUUGCUGUGAUAGAAUACUGUACAAUAAAUACAAUAGAAGUUG